AUGAAAGAUAUCUUCAAAUGUGAGAUGACAUUUGGUGGAAAAGUUAUGGUGUUCGGUGGUGACUUUAGACAAAUACUUCUGGUUGUACCAAAUGGGAGUAGGCGAGAUAUCGUUAAUGCUUCAAUCACGUCGUCGUAUAUUUGGAGUACUUGCAAGGUCCUUACGUUAACCAAAAACAUGAGGUUAACUGUAGGAGCCAACACAUCUGAUAUAGACGAGAUUAAAGCUUUUGCGGAUUGGUUGCUUGACUUGGGAGAGGGAAAGAUUGGCGACAGUGAUGAUUGUGAGGUGGUUAUAGAUAUUCCUGAAGAUUUGUUAAUCAAGUGCUCUGAGGAUCCUAUGUCAGAUCUGAUCGACUUUGUAUAUCCUUCGCUUCUUCAACUGUACAAAGAUAAAGAUUAUUUUGCUGAAAGAGCUCUAUUGGCACCAACGAACGAGGUUGUUCAAGAAAUUAAUGAAAAGUUGCUUGAUUCGUUUCCUGGCGAUGAAGUGGAGUAUCUGAGUUCUGAUAGUAUUUGUCAAACUGAUCAAGGAAAGAAUGAAGCAAAUGCGAGACUAUAUUCUCCCGAUAUUCUAAAUGGUUUAAAAAUUUCUGGUCUGCCUAAUCAUCGAUUAGUCCUUAAAGUUGGUGUACCUGUAAUGUUGCUUCGUAAUAUCGAUCAACAAAAUGGUUUAUGA